AUGAAGUCUAUCCUGAACAAGAAGCCGGGCAGCAUCAAUGAUCUGGAGAAUGAGAUCAAAGAGCAUCAGGCCGAUAUCGUUGGCUACCAGGCCAUCAUCGAUCAUGAUCGUUUCGAGCAAGAGAUGACCGCCGCCUACGUCUGGAUUCCCCUCGUAGGCACCAUUGCCGCAACCGUGAUCUUCGCUCAGCUGCAGGAGGAAAUUAAUAUCUACGAGAGCAAGAUCGAGGCGAUGAACAAACUCAUCAAGGACGCAGAGGCCAGUAAACAAGUGCACAAGACCCUCCAGGCCAACGUCACCUUCAUGAAGAGUCAGGCCAAGGAACUCAGCGACCUUAUCGACCCCGCCAAGCAGGCCAUCGAGACCCUGGAAGGCGGCUGGGACGUCAUGGGCACUGAGGUCCAGUACAUCCACGACAAGGCCAAUGAUUUCAACGAAAAGAUCCCCAGGAUGACUUUGAGUAAGACCAAACUCAACUCGAUCUCGAAGGAAUGGUACAAGCUGAACAAAUACGCUUCAUCAUAUAUCGAGAAAUCCCAGCUGGUGCCAGCAGUCCAAAUCCAGAGCCUUGAUGAUUAUCUACAAGAGUUAAAGGAUGUUGCCAUUAAGUCCUCGUGA